UAGGCUGUCGGCCUGUCUUGGUGACUGGUAAAUUCUUCCUUACCGGAAGAUUCCCCGGCUAAGACACUGGUUCCGAACCCGACGGAACCCAGCGCGGAGCCACGCCGGGUCACGUGGCCGGCGGCCCCAUGACAUUCUGGCUGCGGAGCGUCAUCGUGACGUUUGGGCGACCCGCCGAGUGGCCCCGCUGCCUCCGCCACCUCUGCAGCCGCGGUGCUGCCAUGGACCUAGGACCGAUGCGCAAGACUUACCGCGGGGACCCAGAGGCAUUUGAGGAGACUCAUCUGACCUCCCUGGACCCUGUGAAGCAGUUUGCUGCCUGGUUCGAGGAGGCUGUUCAGUGUCCUGAGAUAAUGGAAGCCAACGCCAUGUGUCUGGCUACGUGUACGAGAGAUGGGAAACCGUCUGCCCGCAUGGUGCUGCUGAAGGGCUUUGGCAAGGAUGGCUUCCGCUUCUUCACUAACUUCGAGAGUCGAAAGGGAAAAGAGCUGGACUCGAAUCCCUUUGCUUCCCUUGUCUUCUACUGGGAGCCCCUGCACCGUCAGGUGCGUGUGGAGGGGCCCGUGAAGAAGCUGCCUGAGGAGGAGGCUGAAUGCUACUUCCACUCCCGCCCCAAGAGCAGCCAGAUUGGGGCUGUGGUCAGUCACCAGAGUUCCGUGAUCCCAGAUAGGGAGUAUCUGAGAAAGAAAAAUAAGGAACUGGAGCAACUCUACCAGGAACAGGAGGUGCCAAAGCCAAAAUACUGGGGUGGCUACAUCCUGUACCCAGAGGUGAUGGAGUUCUGGCAAGGCCAAACCAACCGCCUGCACGACCGAAUCGUCUUUCGACGAGGCCUACUAACCGGAGAUGCCCCUCUGGGGCCCAUGACCCACCAAGGGGAGGAAGACUGGCUCUAUGAGAGACUUGCGCCCUGACUCCCCAUCUGUUGGCACGGAGUGGAGCUGGGGCCAGUGCCCCAGAGAGGGUAUGGGAUGGGGGGCCAGACCCUUCUAAACUCAAGCCAUUUCCCUUCCUGCCUCUGACAUUCAGGGCCCUUCAGUGUUCACCCUCAGAAUUCUCCGCAGUCAGCUAGUCUAGUGGAGUUUAACAGUGGCACAGAUGGUCACAAAUGGAAAAUCUCGUAAUUUUCUUCUCCACCUUAACUAUGAUUUAUUGGAAUAGCUCCCUGUAGGGGUGGAGCUGAUGUGAUUCCCUUUUCCGGUGACAGGGGGUGGGCCCCCAGCAGCCUUGUUUGUUAUCACAUGACAGAGUCUGGCCAGAGCCAAUUGCACCCGAGGCAAUCUAGCCAAUCAGUUUUUCUUUUCUUUCAAAUUUGAAAUUUGAAAUCUAGAGACUCAGAGCAUCGGAACCGUUGUAGCCGCCAAGUAAAUAAUGGCGGCCUAGAAACAGCAACUUCUGGCUGCUGCUCUUGCAAAUUCCCUGAACGAUCCACGGAUCCCUCCUUCCCAUGCCUGGGGUUGUGCAAUUCCUCCUUCUACCUCAGAAAACCCCCAUUAUCUCUAAAAAAAGAGAGAGGUUUUUUUUUUUUUUCUUGGCUUAAACCAGUCAGAAUUGAUUUGCUUGCAACAAAAAAGAACCUUAACUAACUCACUUACUAGUAGGAUAUUUUUAAACCUCUUACCCAACUGAUAGCUGCCCUCCAUUAUCUGAAGAGGAGCAAUGUGGAAAAGAGACUAAAUUUAUUCUCUGUAGCUCCAAAGGACCCAUAGGUGGAAGUUACAUGAAGUUAGAUUUUAUCUCAGUAUGGGAAGAAAUUUCAGUUGGGGCUGCCUAAGAGGGAGUAGGUUAGGUAGUGAGUGUUCUGUCCCUGUCAGACAGGAGUUUUGUAGAAGAAACUCAUGCUAGUAUCUGUGGUCAGGAAGAUUUUCAUCAGGCCUUCCUUUCCACAUUUGUUUAUAAAAACUUGAUGUAUGUGAGGGCUUUCCAGAUGGUGCUGGUGGUAAAGAACCCACCUGCCGGUGCAGGAGAGGUAAGAGAUGUGGGUUCAAUCCCUGGGUCUGGAAGAUCCGCUGGAGCAGGGCAUGGCAACCCACUCUAGUGUUCUUGCCUGGAGAAUGCCAUGGAUAGAGGAGCCUGGUGGGCUACAGUCCAUAGAGUCACAAAGAGUCAGACACGACUGAAGUGAUUUAGCACAGCACAUAUGUAUGUGAAAUACAUAUACACAUACAUUUAUAUGUAUUUCUUUUUCCAGAUAUAAAAUUAAAUAAUAGAGCUUAUACUUUUCUGACACGUAUCCCUUUACCUCCCUGCCACCCCUACUGAAUUUUUACUGGAAUUACCCAGGAGCUUUAAAAACCCUGCUGCUCAGUCCCACUCUCAAAGGUGAUUUGACCAGUGUGAGUACAGCCAGGACUUGGGGAAGUUUCAAAGGUCCUUGGGAAUUCUGUGCAGCCAAGGUUGAGAGCCCAUGUUAAUAGAUCCUUGCUACUUACAGUGGGGCUUCCCUUGUGGCUCAGGUGGUAAAAAAUCCAUCUGCAAUACAGGAGAUCUGGGUUUGAUCCCUGGAUUGGGAAGAUCCCCUGAAGACGGGAAAGGCUACCCACUCCAGUAUUCUGGCCUGGAGAAUCCCAUGGACUGUCUAGUCCAUGGGGUCGAAAAGAGUCAGACACGACUGAGCGACUUUCAUUCACUUGAAGUGUAGUCCACAGGCCAGCAGCUUUGGCUUCCCCUGGGAGCCUACCCAGAUCCAUUGAUUCCCACGCUGCUUUAAACAAGACCACCCCCGCUUCCACGUAACCAGAUUAGCCUCAACCUCUAAACCAACCACUUCUGCAGCUGGAUUCUUUGGUAUAGACCUAUAGUCUAUGUCUUCGAGCACAAGUCUGGUGACCAGGGAUAACGUGGAUGAGUGGCCUCCAGGCUGCGGAGAGGAGCCAGGCUGGGCAAAUGUUUGCUGUGACUAAGCCAGGAUCAGAGAACUGACUGUUUGCAUACAUUGGCCAUUGAGCUUGCAACUCUGUAAACUGUGCUUCAUUCCACUGUAUGGGUGUGUGCUUUGGCGUCUGUUACUGACUGCCUCCUCCAAGAGCAGCCCUCUGGGUGUUGACCACCCUCCACCCCCACCGGCUUCCUUAAGCCGGGGGGUGCAGGAAGGCACAAUGCGGCCACUUGCAGGAGAGGGUGCUGGAGUGCCCUUCCCUACCUUGUCCUGUUAUGUUAUGGGGUCUGUGUAUACCCCCUGCUUUGAGCCUGGUCUCAGCUGUUCCUUUCCUUUCCUCUGUCUGACAGUCCCUGUGCCAAGUCUAAAAUAAAAGCUCAUCAGCCAUG